CGACGAAAGUGAAAAUUGCACAUCAUGAUCGGUGCACCGCACCGCUAAUACAGGACUAUUGCAGCAAACACACUGCUAAUCAGCGAGUUGAGAGCACGGAGCGAGCCGGCGUGCAGUGCGCCACGAGGAUGGCCGUUAGGCGCACGGCCACAAACCUCAUCAGCACUGCGGCACUUCUGCGUCACAUAUCAGCUGUUUCGCCGGCGAGGGGCUCGCAUUUGUGACGUUUCUGGUGUGUCGCGUGCCGCAGGCCGCCGCCGGCACGAUGGCGUCCACCAUGCAGCUAGAGUUCACGCAGGCGAUGACCGACUUUAAAACGAUGUUCCCAGAUAUGGAUGACGAUGUUAUUGAAGCCGUACUACGCGCUAACCAAGGCGCUGUGGAUGCGACUAUUGACCAGCUUCUAGCUAUGAGUACGGAUAACCAAAAUGAACGUUUGCGUCUUGAAAUGGAACGAGUAGAAAGCAGCACGCCGUCACGUCGCAAAGAUCGUCGCUCGGGCUCCAGACCCACAGACAAUGGUGAUGAUAACGAUACAACAGCCCUCGUGGACGAAGAAGAUGAUUCCAUUCCUUUAGCUAUAAGAAGGAAAUGGGUGCCUAGAAUGCUAGGCCCGCUACCUCCGAUGUUUCUACGAAUACCACCUGGCACAGACGCUAGAAUAGACCUGAGUUUAGAGAUGGAUGAUGACAAAAUCGCCACCUUCCUGCAGAAUGAGGAGUUCAUGGCGGAAUUGCGAUGGAACCAAGAGUUCAUGGCAGCAUUAGACAGUGAACAAGGACAGAAAACGAAGUGUCAUGACGAUGAGGCUGCUUUUAAGGAGAGGCUAAAAAACAUGGGCAAAUCAUCCCGUAAGAAGUUCGCCCAGCUGUCGAGGAUGUUCUGUCGAGGCGGGUCGCGGCGGUCGGGCAGCGCUCGGGCGCCACCUCGCGGCCCGCCCGACAGUCUGCUGCUUCAAGAGGAACAUAGUGACGAUGACGAUCGCCCACAGCACCACGUCAAAAUAUAAUGGUAUACUCUGAAAGUACAGGUUAAAACGAAGAGAGAGCCUUAU